AUGCUUUAUAACUAAACAGUCGUUGUUUGUUUCAUGUUCAUUUUUGUCCCAUUUGCCUUCGAUACGACAUCGUUUUCAUCUUCUUCUUCCUCACUCUAUUAUAACUAUUUUCCCUCUUUCUUCUUCUCUAAGCGCCAUUUUCAUCUUCUUUCUCUUUUCUCACUCGUUUCUCUCCACACCAAACCAUGAACAUUGAACCCAAAACCGAACCCGGUUCACCACCGUGGUCCAUUCCCACGAACCCUAACAACUUCGAAAACAAGUCGAUUGAAGAUCUUAUCGGCAUUUUGCGCGGAACGUAUCAAUUUGAAGUUUUUGAUAUCGUUGAAGGUGUUUUGUUGAGUAGGGAUUCGAGUCUCAGAGAAGAGAUUCGACUGUUGCAGGAGAAUGUUGAUUUGGAAAGAGGAAAGCUUCUAGAGGAUCUUGACUUUGAGAGACUCUCGAGGAUUCAAGCUGAGGUGGAUUUUAGACAAAGGGAAGAAUUUUAUGAGAAGGAGAAAGGAAGAUUGAGGGAAAGUUAUGAAUCUUUGAUGAGGGAAGUUAAGGUAAAUGGGUUAGCUGAAGGGGUUAGAGUUAGAGAGCUGAGAGAGAAGAAUGGUAAGUUGGAGUGUGAAGUUAAGAACUUGAAGGAAAAAUGUGUUGAAGAUGGGAAGGAAAUUGAGGUGUUAAGAGUGAAGAAUGAUGGGUUAGAGGUUGAGGUUUUAGGGUUGAGGGAGAUGAAGGGAAAAUGGGAGGAAGAUAGCAAUGAAAUUUGUGUGUUGAGAAAGAUGGUUGGUGAUUUAGAGAAUGAAGUAAGGGAGUUGAGGAAAUUGAGGAAAAAAUCGUUAGAUGAUAGUGUUGCGAUCGAUGAGCUUAAAAGGAAGGUUCGUGUAAUGGAGGAUGAUAAAAAUGAGUUGGUUAAACUAGAGGUUAAAAAAGAUGAAUUGGAGGGAUCAGUGAAGAAGAAUUUGGGAACUAUAAGUGAGUUGAGGAAGGAAAAUGGUAAAUUGGCGGAUGAGAAGAGACGAGUUGAGGAAUUGCUCGAGUCUUCGAACACGAGGUUUCGCGGACUGAGUGAAAGAGUUAGAAAAUUGGAGAAUGAUAUUAUCCCUUUGCUGAGUGUUGAUGCUUCUGGUGAUAGAAAGAAUGAGGGGGGACCUUCUGUGAAACCUGUUGUUGCUGAUUUUGAAGACAAAGAUAGAGAUGUUCGUGACAACAAGUUCCGAAAUGACACCGGGGAGGAGGCUGAAGAUGCUCACCAUUCUCCUGAAGUUGCUGUUAGUACUCAGCCACAGAGCAAAGGGGACAAGGGUGCUCAAGGUGCAUCACCAGGUGAAAAUAGUUGGAUGGUAUACACAAGAAGGCCCAAGAAUACAAUUAAGAUGACAGGGUCUAGCGAAAGUAAGGGAACAAUGCAAUUGGAAAAGAAUAUUGAGAUCAUAAAUCUUGUUGAUGAUGAUGAUGAUGAUGAUGAUAAGUGUAUGUCUAUGUCUCGAGGAGUACAUGAAAAGAAGGUUGUUUUUGGAAAUGCGAUGAAGAUUGAGGAUCCAACUCCAAGUUCUACAGUAGCAUGGCAACAACAAAUCAAGCCUGCAAAUCCACUUGACAUGUUAAAAAGGAAAAUUUCUUUCAGCGACAGUGAAAGCUCUAGUUCUACUUCCUCCUUUGAUCCAUCGUUUCUUGAUAAUCUUGCAAUAAGCUCUGCAGUAUCACAUGCUAAAAAGAGAAAAGUGUAGCAGGAUAAAACCACUAGCCAAGGUAACCAGCCUAUAACAUUACAUAAAUACAUAUCCAACUCAGCCAUGACCUUUUGUUAGGUUUAAUGAACCAUGAACUCAUCUUUAUGUUGGUUCUUAGUUUUGAAAAAUAUGUACAAAUGUUAGAUUGUAUGUUGCAAACAUGGGAGUCAUGGUACAUUUGUAUCUAGUAGAUGUACUUCAACCAAAAAAAAAAAUGAAUGUUCUCUAUUAUGUUUGUUUGAUUA